AUGUUGCCAGUGCACCCCGCGAGCAACGAGCUGGAUCUUUCUCUCCGAGGGCUUGGGGAAGUUCCUCAACCAAUCCAGUUCCUUGGAGGGAUCGAGCGGCUCAUCUUGGACGAGAAUGAAAUCUCGUCCAUCCCUGAGUGGUUUCGAAACCUUUCGAACCUGAGGGAGUUGUCCAUAGCAGGGAACAGGUUGCAAGAGGCGAACUUGGGGCUUCAGUUCUGUUCCCAUCUCACUAAGCUCUGCAUUGCAAACAAUGAGCUACGCCACCUGCCUCCUUCAAUCUCUUGCUGCAUUGCUCUGAACGAGCUUGAUUGCUCUUCAAAUGCCUUGCAGGACUUGCCGUUGAAUUUCAAGAACCUUGUUCAACUGAAAACUCUUAAACUCAUCAACAACCAGUUCUCAUCCAUUCCAGUUUGUCUUUCAUCAUUGGAGGAUCUGAAGAUGCUUGAUGUAUCGGGAAACAAGCUGGAAAAUCAUCUGCCCGACUGGUUGGAAUCGCGACAGAAUCUCCAACUUGUCAUCACGAUCGAAAGGAAGGAUCUAAACAAGCGGCACCCCAUGUUGAGAUCAAUUGCAAGCAGAGUUUCUGCUGACUUGUCGUGUCUGAGUCUUGAAUGCCUUCCUGAUCCGAUCUCGAAGAUCUCUGGGCUGAAACGACUCACCUUGGAUCAAAAUCUCCUCACAAGUUUACCCUUCUUUCUGAGCGAGAUGUCUUUGCUUCAAGAGCUCACUUGCGUUGAUAACCGAUUGGAAUCCUUUCCUGAAUGUCUGCAAUUUUUGUCAAACCUACAUACUCUUUCUUUGGCUCACAACUUGAUCAGACAUGUCCCUCACUGGAUCGACCGUCUGCAGAGUCUGAAGAGUUUAGACAUGCAAGGGAAUCAGCUGACAGAUCUUCCGCUCACUUUCCGCGAGCUCACCAAGGUUUCACGUCUCAACUUAGCAGGUGAGGUCUUGUUUGACAGCACACGGCUGCUGAUAUCUCCACAGAAAACUGUUUGGAUGUUGUUCCUCUCUGUGUUUCAGAGCUUCCGAACCUCCAAGUCUUAG